GGAAAUGUUGCGUCAUUUUGUUGCAUUUUCACUGCUGUUAUUCGUUUUGGAAAUCUCAGACGAGGCGACUGUGUAUGUGCCGAGCAUUUGCUCCAGUGUUACCGUCCAAGAUUCUAAGUGCAUAGCACAUUGCUUGGAGCAAUUAAAUUGCCAAAACGCACACUGCGAAAAAGUAGGAAGAUUUUGGAGAUGGAGAUGUGUCUGUGAGGACUGUCCCGAUGAUCAACAGAAGAACCUGCGUGGAGAGAUUCCUGGUCCUGUACCUAACUGAGCUUUUUGCGCAACAUACCAGUAUGAAGUUAUUAUGAUGCGAG